GAUAUUUUUGAAAUUAUAUUUUAUUUAGAAUAUGUAUAGUGUAAAUAAAACUACUUAAUUACUUAUCACCUCAAUAAGCCAAACUCAGUGCAGCCAUCAUCUCAAAUAAAUAAAAUUAAUAAAUCAAUAAACUGACUUUAAAAUGAAUUAAUAAAAUAAAUUAAAAAAAACUUAAAAAUCAUGGCACACAAUAACUCCAAUAUACCAACGGAACCUGAUAUAAUUCUCUCCCCCACAGAAAAAAACAACAGAAGUUCACAAGAGAAGCCUGAUACUCUGCAAAACAGUACUAAUUUGCACAUAACAAAUAAAAACACCGUUGCAAGAAAUACAGCUAAGGUCUCAUAUGAAAAUCAGUUUUCAUAUUUACAAUUAUUCAAGUAUUCAACGACUUUUGAACGUUUUUUGCUAGCUAUUGCCAUUGUGUUCGCUUCACUUGCUUCAAUAUCUGUAUUAUAUUGUUUAGUAAUAUAUGGAGAAUUUACAUCAUUACUAAUAGAUCGUUCAGUCGGUAAUGGUUCCUCGUCCUCAACUAUUUUUUUACAAGUUUUUGGAGGCGGCACCAAAUUAACAAAUGCCACCAGAGAAGAAAACCUACAAGUCAUUAAAGAUGAUGCUUUAGCAUUUGGAAUAGCUAGCUUGAUUGGAGCGUUAUCAGAAUGGUUGCUUCUAGCUGUUGCAGUUGAUCUUUUCAAUCAUGUAGCUUUGAAACAAAUUACUAAAAUACGUAAACUCUUUUUGGAAGCUAUCCUCAGUCAAGAUAUGUCUUGGUAUGACACAAGCUCGGGAAAUAAUUUUGCAAGUAAAUUAACAGAAGAUCUGGAUAAGAUGAGAGAAGGCAUGGGAGAGAAGAUUGGCAUUUUUAUUUUUCUAAUGAUGACUUUUAUAACUGGAAUUAUCACUUCCUUCUUCUAUGGCUGGGAAAUGACUUUAGUCGUUUUAAGUUGCAGUCCUCUUCUAAUAAUCUCCAUCGUUAUGGUUACCAUAAUUCAAAGUUCUCUCACAAAAAAGGAAAUAAAAUCAUAUUCUGCUGCUGGAAGCAUAGCUGAGGAAGUGUUCUCUGGUAUUCGUACUGUAUUGGCCUUUAGUGGUGAACAAAAAGAAACUCAACGGUUUAGUAAAUUACUUAUUCCUGCUGAGAUCAUAGGACGUAAAAAGGGCCUUUAUUUCGGCAUAAGUGCAGGAAUAAUGUGGCUUAAUUUUCAUUGCUGUUACGCUCUUUCUUUAUGGUAUGGUGCAAAACUUAUACUUGCUGAACGUGAUGAAGAAGUUCACCACUACACUCCGGGUAUUUUGGUUAUUAUUGUUUUUAACAUAUUAGAAGGUUCUCGAUAUUUUGGAAUCGCUUCACAUCAUUUAGAGACUUUCAUUGCAGCCAAAGAAUCUGCACAAAAUAUUUUCUCAACUAUAAAAAGCAAAUCAUCCAUAGAUUCUCUGAAUGAGAACGGAGCAACGCCUUCAAAUAUUGUUGGAAAUAUUUCUUUUGAUAACAUUUGUUUUCGUUACCCCGCACGUCAAGAUGUGGAAAUUCUAAACAGUUUCUCAUUAGACUUUAAUGCCGGUCAAACUGUUGCAUUGGUUGGAACUUCAGGAUGUGGCAAAUCAACCAUAUUACAAUUAAUACAACGUUUUUAUGAUCCUCGAAGUGGAACAGUUCGAUUAGAUGGUAUAAAUAUAAAAGAUUUAAAUGUGGGUUGGUUACGUUCCCAAAUUGGUGUGGUUGGUCAAGAACCUGUUCUAUUUGCAACAACCAUAGAGGAGAAUAUUCGUUAUGGUAAUCUAUCCGCAAGCGUAGAAGAUAUACAGAAAGCUGCACGUAUGGCAAAUUGUCAUGAUUUUAUAAGUAAAUUACCAAAUGGUUAUGACACAUUGGUAGGAGAGAGAGGUGCUCAAUUGUCUGGUGGACAAAAACAACGUAUUGCUAUUGCACGUGCUCUUGUACGUAAUCCAAAAAUUUUACUUUUGGAUGAAGCCACUUCAGCACUUGAUUCCUCAUCUGAAAAACAAGUGCAGGAUGCUUUAGAAGUAGCUAGUAAAAAUCGAACCACAUUAAUAGUAUCACAUCGUUUAUCGACAAUUACUAAGGCCAAUCUUAUUGUAUUUAUUAAUGGUGGUGUUGUUGUCGAACAGGGAACACACGAGAAUCUGAUGAAGAGAAAAGGAUAUUACUUUCAACUUGUAAAUAUAACUAAACGAAAAGAGGAAUUAGAAUCUGGUUCAACAGAUUCUACUAUGACGCAUUUAAUUCCAGCGAAGCAAUUAAUUGCGGUAGCAGAGAACAAAAAUGAAAACACCUUGAAUGAGGAAUCUGCACCAAAUAACGUGUCGAGAGCAAAAAAGAAGUCAAAAUUGAAAACGAAACCGGUUGAAAAAUGCGAAGUCUCCUUCAAACAAAUAAUGAAACUUAAUGCACCGGAAUGGCGUUUUCUAUUGACCGGCAGUGCAGGAGCAAUUAUGCAUGGAGCUUCUCUUCCAUGUUGGGGUCUACUUUUUGGUGAAUUUUUUGGAAUUAUAUCCAAAGAGGAUUCAAAUUUUGUGCAAUCCCAAAUUCUUCAACUUUCUUAUAAGUUCAUUGUGCUUGGCAUAAUUGCGGGUCUAGGAAUAUUAAUACAAAAUUACAUGUUCAAUAUCGCGGGAGUAAAGAUGACAUCUCGUCUUCGCAAAACCGCUUUCAAAACAAUUAUUAGUCAAGAAACUGCAUACUUCGAUGAUCAAAAUAAUUCUGUGGGUGCAUUGUGUGCUCGAUUAGCAAGUGAUUGUUCAAAUAUUCAAGGUGCUACUGGAGCAAGAAUUGGAAUUAUCGUUCAAGCACUAUCAACUCUCAGUAUCAGUGUUAUUGUAUCUUUAUUUUACUCAUGGAACUUAACUUUAGUCACAAUCUUUACCAUACCUGUUGUUUGCUUGUCAAUUGUUUUUGAGUCACGUUUCAUGGAAUCAUAUGCUCUUGCUGAAAAACUUGCCAUCGAAAAUGCUUCACAAGUAGCAGUGGAAGCGAUUUCAAAUAUACGUACUGUCGCCAGUUUGGGAUUGGAAAGAAAUGUACUGAGUCGUUACAAUGAACAAAUCGAUCGUGCUGGUGCACUUUGUAGGAACAAAGUUAGAUUUCGGGGUACAUUCUUUGGUAUGGGACAAGCAUCACCAUAUUUAGCUUAUGGAGUAUCAUUGUAUUACGGAGGAUUGUUAGUUGCUAAUGAAGGCUUAAAAUAUGAAAAUGUUAUUAAAGUCUCAGAAGCGUUACUAUUCGGUUUGUGGAUUUUAGGAUAUGCUUUAGCAUAUUCACCAAACGUAAGUGCAGGUAUUCUAUCUGCAGAAAACAUAUUGAAACUAUUUAACAGAUCGCCGGCAAUACAAAUGGUAGAAAAACAAACUAUUAACGCUACUGAAAAAACAGAUGGUGAUAUUAUAUACAAAGACAUUAACUUUCAAUAUCCAACAAGAAAAGAUAUACAAAUAUUACAUAAUCUCAAUUUGGAUAUUAAACGUGGGACCACAGUAGCAUUGGUAGGAUCAUCUGGAUCUGGUAAAUCGACAUGCGUACAACUUUUACUUCGUUAUUAUGAUCCAAAUAGUGGUUCAGUCAAUAUAAAUGGUACACCAACUACAGAAUUUUCAAUGGAUACUUUGCGUUCAAGUUUAGGUCUAGUAUCACAAGAACCUGUAUUAUUCGAUAGAACAAUUGCAGAAAAUAUUGCUUAUGGAAAUAACUUCCGUGAUGAUAUUCCUAUGGCUGAAAUAAUGGAAGCUGCAAAGAAAGCGAAUAUACAUAAUUUCAUUGUUUCCUUACCUCAAGGUUAUAGUACUUCCUUAGGUAGUAAAGGUACACAAUUAUCUGGUGGUCAAAAACAACGAAUUGCCAUUGCAAGAGCUUUAUUAAGAAAUCCAAAAAUACUUAUUUUGGAUGAAGCCACAUCUGCUUUAGAUUUGGAAAGUGAAAAAAUAGUUCAGGAAGCUUUGGAUGCUGCACGCAAUGGUAGGACUUGUAUAACAAUAGCACAUCGUCUGACAACAGUACGAGAUGCAAACAUGAUAUAUGUUUUAAAUAAAGGACUGGUAAUAGAAAAAGGAACACAUGAUGAACUUAUGGCGUUGAAUGGUGUCUAUGCAAAACUUUAUGUAAUGCAACAGGUUUUAUAGUGCAUUUAUUUAUAAUGGUACACGUAAUGAAUUAAAC